AUGGCCUCAGCUGGAAUCCCUCCGGCAGAAGAUGACGAAUUGACGCUUCCACGAGCAUCCAUAAACAAAAUGAUUAAAGAAAUUUUACCCCAUGUAAGAGUAGCAAAUGAAUCACGUGAAUUAAUUCUCAACUGUUGCACGGAAUUUAUUCAUUUAUUAUCAUCGGAAGCAAAUGAAAUUUGCAAUCAGCAACAAAAAAAGACAAUAAACGCCGAACAUGUACUUCAAGCACUUGAAAAGCUUGGAUUUGGUGAUUAUGUUGGUGAAGCUGAAUCUGUAUUAAGAGACUGUAAAGCAGUAGCAGCUAAAAGAAGACGUCAAAGUACUAGAUUAGAGAAUUUAGGUAUACCCGAGGAAGAAUUAUUGCGUCAGCAGCAAGAACUAUUUGCGAAAGCACGGGAAGAACAAGCUAUUGCCGAACAACAACAAUGGCAACAGUUACAAGCUGGAGUUGCUCAAAUGGCCUCAAUGCAACAAGAUGAUAAUGAGCAGGAAGAUUAUUCUUAG